UCUGUCGAUCAGCAGGAUUAAAAAAGCAUAAUCCCAAAUAUGCACCAGAAGAUGGCAUACGUUAUGAUGGUUUAUAUAAAUUGGUUGAAUAUUGGAGAGAGAAGGGAACGGCUGGCUUUUAUGUAUGGCGGUAUAGAAUGCGUCGUGAUGAUGAGGAACCGGCUCCGUGGACUAAAGAAGGAAAAAAGCGAAUUGUUGAUUUAGGGUUGAAAAUGUAUCUCCCCGAAGGUUUCGAAAUGAAGAAACGUUCUAGAGAUGAUUCGGAGGAUGCUAAUGGUUCUAAAAAUGGAUCAUCUAGCAGUGGCACUUCGUCUAAAAAAAUUAAAAUUGCAAAAUAUAGCCCACCUGCCGCAUUAAUUGCAUCGAUUAAAAAAGAUAAGAAGAAUAAUCGUGCAUGGAAGAUUGUUCUUUCAAAAGAAUACCAAACUUUGGCUGAAUUUAUUUCAAUUAUUGUGGACGAAGAGUUUAAGUGUCCCGUUUGCUUAGAACUUGUUCAAGCGCCUAUUACAACUCCUUGUACACACAACGUGUGUCAUGAUUGUCUUCAACGUGCGUUUAAAGCUGAUGGUCAUAAAUGUCCGCAAUGCCGUACUGAAUUCAAUCAAAAUCCGAAUCUUUUUCAAGUUAACGAUAAAUUAGUGACAGCACUACGUGAAAUUAUACCUACUUACUCUGAUCAAAAAAGCAAAAAAACAAAGUAA